AUGUUAAGUAAAUGCUGCUUUACUGGAAAUUUGCACGAGGGAGAAUCUAUUGGUGAGAUUAAAGAGCUUUUCGGCUUAAAGACUUAUGUUACGGGAUCCGCUUCCAAUGAUAAAAUUGUAAUUAUCUUAACAGAUGUUUUUGGUUUGAAGCUCGUCAAUAAUAGAUUAAUUGCUGACCAGAUAGGGAAAGCCGGGUACAAAGUCUUGAUCCCCGAUAUUCUAUUUGGAGAUCCCGUUACUGCGUUGGAUGGUUCCGUAGACUUCAAGGAUUAUGCUUACAGGCACAGACCCGAGGUUACAAGACCAAUCAUUGAUGGCUUUCUGCAUCCUUUGAAAAAGGAACUCAAUCCCAAGUUUCUGGGUGUCAUCGGCCACUGCUUCGGUGGCAGAUACGUUCUUGACUUGAUUCAAUUGCCAGCACCGUUGGCUGAUGCUGCUGCAAUUGCACACCCAAGCUCCUUGGAAAACCAAAAAUUCGAGAAUAUAGGCCAGACUCCUUUGCUUAUAUCUGCUGCACAAGUUGAUCGUAGUUUCAAUACUGAAGCGAGACAUACAGCCGAGAAGAUUUUGAGUGAGAAUGGAGCUGUGUUUCAGGUAGAUUUGUUCAGCAAUGUCAGCCAUGGGUUUGCUGUAAGGGGGGACAUUACGGAUGCAAAAGUCAAGUAUGCGAAGGAGAAAGUUCUAUCAGACCAGAUUCAUUGGUUUGAUCAUUUCUCUAGAGCCUGA